AUGCACUGCCUUCUUCUCCUGACCGCUGCGUCUCUCGCUGUGGCUCACGUUCCUUCAGUCAGCGUGCCCGCGUGUCCCAAAUACGGCACCGUCAAGUUUUCCAAAUCUGUCCCCGACGGUGAUCCUUUUCCGCGUACCGAAGUCGAUCUCUGUUACACAGACACCGCUUUGUCCCUACAAUUCACGGCCCUAGACGAAAAAUACUUUUACUUCAACGAAUCCCAAGGAACGAACGACGAUAUCUGGGCUUACGAAGUUGUUGAGGCGUUCAUCUACAAGGGAACCGACGAUCCGCAGACCUAUCUCGAGUACGAAAUCAAUCCCAACAACGUAACCUACCAAGCCUUUGUCUACAACCCUUCCAAAGUUCGUGCUGAAGGCGCUCCGUUCGACCAUUUCUUUAUCUCGGACCCUGAGGGUGAUGGAUUUGCGGCAGAGACACAAUUGAACAGGCGGGCAAAGAAGUGGGUAAGCAAGGCACAGAUUCCGCUGGGGCUGUUUAACGUCGAUCCUGGAUUUGCACGCGGUACAAAGUGGAGGAUGAAUUUCUUUCGCACAGUCACGAGUCCCAAGAUGUUUCCUGAUCAAGACCUUGGUGGCUGGAGCUCACCCGACAAAGCCAGUUUUCACAUUACCAAGUUCUUUGGCCAUGUGAACUUUGUGUAG